AUGUACAACUUCGCGUUCGCCCUCUACCUGCUCGCCGGGAAGGUCGUCCUGAGGAUCUUCAUCGGGCAGCUCCGGGACCUGGAGGUGGAGCAGCUCGUCGACAGCGGACGCAGCUUCCUGGCCGACACCAUUCUGUUCCUCGUCUUCUAUGGCCCCACCAUCGACAGUAAGGAGGUCGCGACCGUCCGCUGCAUCCAGUACAUUUGCUGCGUCAUUUUCAUGAAGGUGCUCCACCUGAUCACCCACACGCGGGUGUCGCACAUGUUUGAGGUCGGCGUGCCCCGGCUGAUCGUCAACGUGAAGCUCGUGACGCUCGUGGGGCUGCUACUCGCCUGUGACCUCGUGGCCGUGAACCACUUCUACAGCGUGGCGAGCAAGUCGUCGACCUUCUUCACGUGGAUAUUCUUUGAGGCGUUGACCAUGUCCACGCUGCUGGUGGUGUGCAUAUUCAAGUACUCCUUGCACAUGAUCGACGUCUGCCUCGAUAACGGCUGGCCGGGCAAGUCGGUCUGCCUCUUCUACGUCGACCUCGUGCACGACGUGACGGCCAUGACGAUAUUCCUGGUGUUCAUGCUCACGUUCUUCUUCCAGAACCCGGCCAGGCUCCCCAUCUACAUGAUCGCCGACGUGGUCCAGGUGGCGCGGAAGCUGUCCCACAGGCUGCAGUCGUUUCGACGAUACCGCCGCAUCUCGAACAACAUGGAGGCCCGCUUCCCCGACGCCACCGACGAGGAGAUCGAGCAGGACGAGUACUGCGUCAUCUGCCGCGACUCGCUGUUCGAGGGGUCCGACGCCAAGAAGUUGCCUUGCAAGCACUGCUUCCACAUAGACUGUCUGCGCUCAUGGCUCCCCCUCGUCGUCGUCGUCGACAUCGUCGUCGUCGUCUUUGUCGUCGUCGUCUCUGUCGUCGUCGUCGUCUUUGUCUUCGUUGUCGUCGUUGUCGUAGUCUUUGUCGUCGUCCUCAAGGUUCCACUUUGUUUUGUAUGCGUUUGA